UGUUUCAAACAGGAAGCUGUUUAUAGAUAACGCUUGCAAACGGUUGGGUCUGAUUCGCUGGAUGUUGGAGAGCAGGAGACGAGGCCGCUUCAAAUUAAAAACUAUUCGGCUUCUGUAAAUAGUAGCAAUGAGGUUCAUCUGUGCAGUGUCCCUACGGGCAGAGACUGGGUUACGGUGCCUGUUUUCUCAGCACUCAUAAGGAGUAAGGGACAAGCUCAUUAUGAAGAGUGAUCUGGUUUUCUUUGUCUCUGUAAUUAGCCUUGCCUUCCUGUCUCCGCCAAGAUCUGGAUAUGCUCAGCAUAUUGCAGAAGAAUCCUGUUCUGUUCAGAUUCUGGUUCCAGGCCUCAAAGGGGAAGUUGGAGAAAAGGGUGAAAAAGGUGCCCCAGGCCGCCCAGGGAGAGUUGGACCUUCAGGAGAAAAAGGAGAAAUGGGGGACAAAGGACAAAAGGGUGGCAUGGGUCGACAUGGAAAAAUUGGCCCCAUUGGUUCAAAAGGUGAAAAGGGAGAUAAUGGGGAUGUAGGCCCACCUGGUCCUAAUGGAGAUCCAGGCAUUCCUUGUGAAUGUGGCCAGCUACGAACAGCCAUUGGGAAAAUGGACAAUCAGGUGGCCCUGCUGACAACGGAGCUAAAGUUUAUUAAAAAAGCACUGCCCUCCCCCGCAGCUGUUGCUGGUGUGCGUGAGACAGAUAAUAAGACAUACUUGCUGGUGAAGGAGGAAAAGAGAUAUAUGGAUGCCCAGCUCUACUGCCAAGGAAGAGGAGGAACACUGAGUAUGCCCAAGGAUGAGAACACCAAUAGCCUGAUUGCUUCUUACAUCAGUCAAGCCGGUCUCAGCCGAGUUUUCAUUGGCAUUAAUGAUCUAGAGAAGGAGGGAAGUUUUGUGUUCUCCGACCGAUCCCCUAUGCAGACCUUCAACAAAUGGAGCACCGGCGAACCGAAUAAUGCUUAUGAUGAGGAGGACUGUGUUGAAAUGAUCGCCUCAGGGGGAUGGAAUGAUGUUGCUUGUCAUAUCACGAUGAAUUUUGUUUGUGAAUUUGACAAAGAAAAUGUGUAAACGUAUCUAUCCCCCCACUCCUGCCCUGCCCAGAACUCCCAUUUUCAAUCAGACUUGUGUACGUUAGGGUAUAUAUAUCCAUAUCAGCUGUUUCUCCUGCACCCAAACAUACUGUGAAGAACUGGUGCUGUCAAAAUAUCCUAAUCAAGUGAUCCACUUGUGGUUGGUGCUUAUUUGUGAAGUACUAACUUUCCAGCAAUGUUCCUCUUGCUAGUUUGGACAAACAUCCCAGAAUGUCCUCAUUGCUGCCAUUGUUCUGCAGCAAUUCAGCGUCAAGAUAUCUCUCUAAAAUUUGUGUUUAUAUUUUCAGUGCUGAUUUUGCAUGCAGCCAUCCAAUCAAAAACUAGAUACCUUACAAGAUCCAGGCUCAGCAUGUAUUAAGUCUUCCUACCCUAUUGUUUGGCCUGCCCACACCACUGAUUCUCUGUACUACUGUUUAGUCUUUUAAACAAAGUCCCAGUUAACGUGUUAUCCUGGCAGCACUUGUCUCCGCAUGGUGCAGCAAGAGCAGUCUACCUCUCCUCGAUCACGCAGUUGAUCUCAUUUAUGAAGGGAGUACUCCAUGCUGACUCCUUGAGUGCCCAAUUCAUGAGGUUCUUUUCCUCAAAUACCAGAGAAGGGUAACUUGCAUGGAUCUGGCACAUGCUGUUGGGUGUUGGUGAGAAGUGCUUGCUUCAUACAUGAGGAUGGUGGAGGGAAAGAGGGCGUUCUCACUCCUCUCAUGAAAAGACAAGCUACCUCCAGGGAUAAUAUAUCAUCUGUGGCAGAGUGACUAUGCACAAUUCCCUGGGAAAUUCCCCUAUGCAAGACCCACUGAAAUAAAUACUCUCAUUCAUUUUCAACAGGGCUUGUGAAGGCAAACUUCUCAAUGGAUUCUGCUCUCAAAGAGCUGCCCACAAGCCCUUUAGGGAUAGGCACACGUGAACACGAAAUGUGUAGAGUAGCACUGGGGAAUCAGUGAGCAAUGGAGGGCAAAUCUAAACAUGAAAAUCUGCAACAAGGGGUGCUGGAGCACUUUCCAGAUUAAACCCUACAACAGUGUCACUAUGGAUCUGCUAAGUGUGCUUCUUUACUUCCUGUGUUGUGACAAUGCAGUUCCUGCGCUGACAGCAAGGUGCCGUUCACAUUUCCAAUGCCUUAUUUUGGAUUUUAUCUCAGCAUUAUAGUGCUACAACAUGGCAAGUCCAUUGCAGAAAAAUAGCUGUAUUUUCCUGUUGUAGGAGUUUGCGAUUCUGGGGAUUGUUUUCAAUACAAUCCUGGCAAGUCAAAGCAUUUUACCCCUGUUGUAGCGUGUAAUCUGAAAAUUGCCCUGGUGUAGACCUACCCUAAUAUUCUUUGUUGCUAUAGUAUUAUAAUGAUAUUUUACUACAUGAUAUUAAUCUUGUACAGCUGUAAAUAUAAUCUAGGUAUUUGAAAUAUCAGUAUUUACCCUUCAGAAGGGAAGAGCAGAAUGAAUGGAGGUAUGAUUUGCAUUACUUUAAGGAAAUACAGCCAGAAUCCAGCAGAGAAUUAGUAUAUUUAAGGCCACUGAAGUCAGUGGCUGAUAUUCAGAUUAACACUGCUCACACUAAAUAAUAUUUUGGUGUGUGCAACAGGGCAGGGGCAAUUUCUGCUGAUCCUCCUCUUCCCUCUGCAGCCCUCUAUGCCUCCUGAAAAUAUGACCUUGAGGGCUGUGGGACCCACAGGGAUGUAUUUUUGGAGACAAAGAAGGCUGCAUAAGGAAGGGAGGAUCUGUGAAAAUUACUCCUUUCUGUUAUGUAUGUGAAACAUUAUUCAGUAUGCAUGUUACUUAGGACAUCAACCAGUGGGCUUAAGCAUGCUUAUGCUUAGCUUUGUGCUAGAUUGUUGUGGCCUAUGUGUCUUUAGGUAGAAAUAUGCAUUAUUGACAUUAAUGGAGAUGUACAACUACAAAGGAGAGCAUAUAUGUAGAUUUUAGGAUUUUUGUUUUGAAGACCUGUAUCCAUGGUUUAUUUUUGAGAAGAUGUUUAUUGUUAAUAUUAAAUAUCCAUAUUUGAAAUAUGAAA